AUGGCUCGAAUAGCUCUUGCCAUCCUCGCCGGGGUGGCCAUUUGCACCACCGCUGGCGCAAUGGCGUCCCUUGCCAUGCUUGCUUCGAAUGCAUCAACUCUCCCUUCCAUCAGGGCUACCGCCAUAGCCGGCGCCGCGCUUCAGGGCACUCUUCUGAUUGUGCUGUCUUGGUUCGUCUCGGCACAUGCGCUGGUCAAAAUACGCGACCUCUCACGGCCUUACACCGGUGUAGCUUUGGGUUUCGGAGUAUUGGCGAGCCUCAUCUCGCUCAUCACAGCUUCUCUUACUCUGGCCUGGAUUGGAGCGUCGACCAGCCGCGUCGACCAAGUUUGGUCUACCCGCUCAUCAAACUUGAUCAUUGCUUCGGUCAUGCUGGCCCUAGCCGUUACCACUCAGAUUGCCUUCAUGGUCAUUCACUUUGCGCAAUCCCACCAAACAAAGUCUCGUGCGCGCCAGCUCUUUGCAGCAAGGGAGGUUUCGUCGUGGUCACCAACCGCCUACGUCAAGUCCAUACGCUAUAGCCAGACGCUACCAAGAACAAGCGAUUCAGAAGAGUCCAAGGAGUCUUUUGCCUUGAAAGACACACCGCCCUCGUUGCGCAACAAGUUUGUGCAGGCUAACCCUCUCCAUCUUGCCUUUCCGCCAGCCGUCCGUCAUACCUCUUCGCGGACAAGACUGCUGCACGCAAAGGACAGCAUGCACAGUAUAGGAACGCACAGUAUAAGCACUGACAUUAGUGCGAACCCGAACGCUACCCAAGAAAGCUUUGAUACCUGGGACACUUCAUCAGUUGAUGUGCGCAAUCGCCAGGCCGUCAUGGAAGUCUGCACCUCACCCAUCAGCCGCACCUACACUCUGGAAACCAUCCCCGGCAGCCCUCGAGCCAGCAUCAGUCCCGAAAACAUACUCUACUUUGCGCCGCCAAGACCAGUACCCAAGCGUAGCCGAAGCCACAGCCCGGCGACUGGGCGUCCGGCCCUACGGGGAAGAGCUCCGGCCAGCGCCAACGAGCUGCACAUUCAUCCGCUCUUCAGAUCAGACUCUCCAAGCACCCCGCCUAUCCUGUCACCAGGCACAAGCGUCACGGCCGCACCAGACGCUGGCCAAAUAAUCUUGCCGCAUGAUUCGACGAGACACAUUAUUCCUCGUGUCCGCAGCGGGAGCUUGCCGGCCAUGUCACGCAGCCCCUUUGCUCAGUACGCCGACGCUGACGUGGAUGGACAAAGGAUGCUCAGCAAGGAAGAGGUGCGCCAGCAGGAAAGGAAAAUGACACCUCCUGUACCCGAAUGGGUAUUGAACAGCAAAGUGCCGCCGAUACCGCGCAAGUCGGCGAAUCGCAGUAGCAGUAGUCUACGAAGUCCUGCGCCUUGGACUAGUGAGCCUGACGUUUGA